AUGGCGGACCCGGUGGUGUGCAGCUACAUCACUAAGGUGCUGUGCGCGCACGGCGGCCGCCUGGCGCUGGGCGAGCUGCUGGAGCAGAUCCUGCUGUCGGAGGAGCAGCUGCUGCAGGUGCUGGAGGCGGCGGGCCGCGAGCGCUUCGUGCUGCUCGACAGCGGGGGCCGCGCGGGGCUCGCCCGCCAUGUGGUGGCCACCACCCGCGCCCGCGUCUGCCGCCGCAAGUUCUGCGACCGCGCCUGCGACAACCUGCACCUCUGCAAGCUCAACCUGCUGGGCCGCUGCCACUACUCCGAGCGGAAAUUGUGCAAAUAUUCUCAUGACGUUCUCUCAGAGCAUAAUUCCAGAAUCCUAAAAACUCAUGAGCUAUCAGGACUAAACCAGGAGGAGUUGGCUGUGCUCCUCAAGCAAAGUGACCCCUUUUUCCUGCCGGAGAUCUGCAAGACCUACAAGGGUGAGGGCCGGCGCCAGGUGUGUCUUCAGACCCCGCCAUGCGAGCGCCUGCACAUCUGCGAGCACUUCACGCGGGGCAACUGCGGCUUCCCCAACUGCCUGCGCUCACACAACCUCCUGGAGCGCCGCGUGCUGGCCGUCAUGGAGGAGCACGGGCUGAGCACAGACACGGUGCAGAACAUCCAGGACAUCUGCAACAGCAAGCACGGCCGCCGCAGGCUGCCUGCCACCAGGGGCAGAGUUCACUCUUCACACCGCAGAGAUCCGUCCAGUAAAGAAAGAAGCAAGAGUCGAGACCAACUUUCACAGGGCAAACAGGAAUUCCUCUCCACACUCUUGACUCCUCUCGAUAGGUCCUGCACACCCAGUCCAGAUAAGCUGGACCUUCUGGACAAGGAUGAACCAGUGGAGAGGCUCACCCAGAAGCUGGGGUGCCUGGGUAGUCAGGGGCCUCUCUGGGAGCCAGCCUCAGUGCCAUCGAAGACACCCGGUGUGGCCCCUGUUGGAGCCGACCCACGACCUUUGAGGCCCCAGGGCCCGGUGACCUGGCUGCAGGACCUAAGCACCAAAGAGAGCUCCUUGCCCCUGAGCCCGGCCACUCGCAGUCCCCCGGGGUCCCCACUCAGGGACUUGUUUGCCAAGGACCUUCUUGUCUAUCAGGCAGGAAGCUCCCCAGAUAACGGCCAGGGAGUGGCCUUUGUGAAUGGAAAGCACGGGGAGAAGAUCAUCCUGACCGACAAGUUUGUCCCCCAUGCGGCUCAUGGCGCCAGGAAUGUGGCGAAAGUCACUACCCAUGACCAGUACACUGCUGCCUCGGAUUCCGUCUCUCGUGUGAUUGCCUCUCCCGUGACGGAUGACCGUGACUCCAAGGACAUUUGCUUGAACCACCUGAACAAGAGCUGUCAACUCCGAAACUGCAGUCAAGUUCACUUCCACCUCCCCUACCAGUGGCAGAUCUACAUAGACGGUGCCUGGACGGACCUCCAGCCCAUGGAAACUAUAGAAAAGGCCUACUGUGACCCCCAAAAUCGCUUCAUUUCAGUGGGAAACCGGAUCAUCAACUUCCAGAAAAUGAUUUGCAAUUCGCAUCGUAUCCGACGUCUCUCCACACCUUCCUCUGUCAUAACCGGGACCAACUCUGCCUUCACCACCAAGUGGCUUUGGUAUUGGAAGAAUGAAUCGGACAGAUGGGUUGAGUAUGGAGAGAGAGACAGGCGUGCCAUCGAUUCUCUCUACCUGGAGUCUUUGUUCCAGUCAUAUCCUCGUGGAGUCGUGCCCUUCCAGCUGGCUUCUCGCAGCUAUGAGCUGAGUUUCCCAGGGAUGAUUCAGACCAACACAGAGUCCAAGACACAGAAGGAUGUGGUUCGAAGGCCUGUGUUUGUGUCUUCUUGGGACGUGGAGCAGCUGCGACAUGGCCCAGGAUAUAGACAAGGAGAGACCCACAAAGAAUUCAGUGCCACAGCAACAGAACCUCCUUCGAUGCCAGGAGACCUCCUCUGUGGUGAGAAGACUCAGCCCUGGGCAAGGCACGAGCCCUACCUGCUGCUGGAGCUCAAUAGCAUUGAACACGAAUACGUCAAAGUUAGCGAGCGAUUCAGAGCUUCCAUGAAAAACGUCAAGAUUGAGAAGAUCAAAAAGAUCUUUAACUCGAGGCUGCUAACUGCUUUCGAAAGGAAAAAAAAGACGAUGAAGAAGCCAAAUGAAGAAAUCCUGUUCUGUGCAAGCAGCCGAGCCUCUGUGGCCCAAAUCUGUGCCAACAAUUUUGACUGGACCUUACACGGGCCUCCCGAGACCAGAUAUGGAAAAGGAAAUUACUUCACGAAAGAUGCUAUCUCUUCCCAGAAAAUCUGCCGGGGUGACCCCAAAAAUGUGAUGUUUAUCGCCCGAGUCCUGGUUGGAAAUUGUAUUGAAGGGAACAAGUUUUACUCAAGCCCACCUCCAAUGUAUGACAGUUGUGUGGACACCAGGCUGAAUCCCUCCAUCUUUGUCAUCUAUGAAAAGGAUCAGAUCUACCCAGAAUAUGUGAUUGAAUACAGUGAGAUGGACAAGGCCUGCGUGAUCAGUUAG